ACUCCGCAAUUGGGCUCUUGAUGCUAUUAACGUCUGGUUUACAGACGGAAAAAGCGCACCUCCAGGGCAUCGGGUUAAUAGUGAGAAUUAGUCGGUAAAACGCGGAGAAGCUAGCUGUGUGCUUGCCACUAGCGGGGCAAUGCGAUUGACGUGCUGCUCAUCUUGCGACUUAGAUUAGCCAGGGUCGUGAGGUCAUAGGUCUUUGCAGACUUGCUUUGUCAGUGCCGGUUCUUGUAGUCGGCAUGGUUGCAGUCGGAAUUCCGACGGCACUAGAACAUCUUGGUCUGUGAGGAGUUCCCUGCAUUGAAUCCACCGUGUGUGCUGUCGAUUAUAGUUCAAGUUAUUUGUGAGUUUUGCUGAGGCUGUUCAUAAAUCUGUCCAUCGAGCGGUAGAUGAGUGAUCUUGAACGCUCGACGCAGUGCUCUGAAAAGCAAGGGUAUGCCAUUUAUGUUUUUUUUUUUUUGAGGGUGGAUGCCUUUGGGCUUCACUGACCUGUGCACGUCUCAUGUCGGUAUUGCAGCGGCAUUGAGGCGCAUUAGCUUUUUGUAUGCGAGACGCUACUUGUGUGGGUUUCGUUUUCCCUGGAUUUGCACCUGAUUUGUGUCGUGAAGGAUGUGUGGCGCCAGCUAUGCAACCAUGCUCUAUUGUCUGAGCGUUCAUCUAGUCGCUGAUGCAGGUCUUCGUGAGACCCCCCAGAAAGAUUGAGAUCCAAGCUGGUCGGUAGUUGCGUUGAGUGUCGUGACUUGUUCACAGUUGGUUAUAUGUUCGCUACGAAACAGUGGAGCGACCAAUUCAUUUGCCAACCGAGACCUCAGAUUCCUGCGUUCAGACGACUGUGUGCUUUCAAUUUGUUGUCAGGUCAUCUUCUCAGAUUCUAAAUGUGCCUCCUAUGUAAAUGCUCCCAACCGUCCACUAGUGACGAGAAGGAUUGGGGCAAUGGUAUUCCCGAGAUUGUGCAAAGCACAACAGAUCGUGCCGCUGGAGGUCCCGCACGUGACUCCCAAAAUGUAAUGAAAGUAGAUUCGUCAGUAUCACGCACCAAGACAAGACCCAAAAACCCAAUAAGAUGGGUGGUGGGAUUAGAUUUUGGGACAACCUACUCAGGUUACGCAUACACCAAAGUAGUAGGUAAUGAUCAGAGCGUCUAUGUCAACUAUGAGUGGCCGUGCGAUUCUUCCGGGAGGUUUUACUGCAAAAAUCUGACAGGAUUGUACUACCAGAGGAUCAGGGGACCCUUAGAGUGCAUGUCUUGGGGUCACCGCGCUAGAUCGGAUCAUUUGUCGGACAAAAAGCCCGGAGUUGCUACACAAGAUGGACAUUACCUAUCGAGGUUCAAGCUACUAUUGAAGGGAGACCUAAACGAUCCCGAGUUGAGAAGUAGCAUACCGUACCCGCUGACGGUGAACCAAGUCAUCGCAGAUUACUUGAAACGUAUUGGUGGGCACGUUUUGGAGAAGAUAAAGAACCACGACGGGGAUGCUGCAUUUGUUCAAGACUCAGUGCAAUGGUGCGUGUCGGUGCCAUCAAUCUGGGACGAUUAUGCCAAGCAGCAAAUGAAGGCGUGCAUGGUGGAUGCGGGGCUCGUGUCUGAGGCAGCCGGAGGAGCCGAGGCCGUGAAAGUGGUGCUGGAGCCCGAGGCAGCUUCUUUCUACUGCCAUGAAAUUUUGCGCGCAGACAGCAAGAGCAUGUCCCUGUUUACGAAGGAUAAGGUUCUGGUGGUAGACAUAGGUGGUGGGACGGUCGACAUUGUGUGUCAAGAGCUCUUAGGGAGCGGCGAAAAUUAUGAGGUGCGAGAACUCACGGAAAGCUCAGGUGGUCUUUGCGGUGGUACAUUUGUGGAUAAAGCUUUCAUGCGGCUCUUGUCUAACAAGGUGCCGUGCCUGGACGAGUUUUUGCGCCGCGACUGCCCCUCCUACAAGACGCGUCUGCUCAAGGAUUGGGAAGAUAUCAAGUGCACCUUCGGCGAAGACGAGGGUACAAGUUCAUCAAAGUCGAUUGAUCUGCAUCUCCAAUUAUCCAAAAAGUGGGAGGCCUUUGAGAAGCAACGCGGUCGCACGGUGGACACGUCAGUGGUUGAACUCACCGAGAGGGAUUUGAAGUCCAUAUUCGACCCCGUGGUGGAAGAUAUUCUUCAGUUGAUUGACGCGCAGUUAAGACAAGCGCUCGGCGUCAAGGCGAUGUUUGUCGUCGGUGGAUUUGCAGGCUCCAAAUACCUCAUGAGAAGGAUCCGAAGCAGGUUCGCCCAUGUGGAGAACAUCAUCUCCCCCCCUAAUCCUGGAAGCGCCAUCAUCCAAGGUGCAGUGUUAUUGGCACGCAAGCCUGAAGUUAUUGUGGAGCGUGUCCUCAGGAAGACUUACGGUACCAGUGUAAGCUUGCCUUUUGAACCCGGCGAUCGUGAGGACUUCAAGAUUUUCAAGGACGGGAAGAAGUAUUGUAGGCGAUUCGACAAAUUCGUUACUAAAGGGGACCGGAUAAAAGUCAGCCACGUUGUAACGAAGGAGUACGUUCCCUUAUCUUCGGACCAGGACAAAAUUUUGUUUGAUUUGUACAGCACCGAUCAGAAGAAUCCGAGAUAUGUACAGGACACCACUGUUACGAAAGAAGGACAGUUCGUGGUUACCCUCCCAAAGUUUAACAUGAACAACAAGCCCAAAUUCGAUUUCUCAUUGUACUUCGGUGGCAGCAACAUAGAACUGAGAGCAGGGAUCAAGAGUAGGACUGGGGAGUCGACUAGCCUGAGGAUACCUGUUCGAUAUCAAAAUUAAAGCAUUUAGGGCUUGGCUUUUGUAGCUGAAUUGCUCCUGGAGAGGUUUGUAUGUGUAUGCGGUGCGAUGCCAAUUUUAGCUAUCGUGACCGUCUGAUACAGCAAUUCUUCGACUAUCCUUGAAUGGUGAAACCAGGGUUUUGGUGCAAGAAUCUAGGCUGAAUCUAUAUAUAUAUAAUACUAAAAGAAAAUUAUUAAAUUA